CUGCCACACUGGGGACAGCCGUUUCAAUAUCUGGUAACACCGAGUGAAAAGUCGCAGGGGAAAAUGGGAUGCGAAAAUAACUGAGUUGCAGGAGAGAACGAUACCACAGGAGGCAGGGAAACAGCAGACGCCACAGGCAGCAGGACUCAGACGCAUCUCCCAGCACGGCCGACACUCAAGCAGGACCUCCCGGCAACCAUCGACCGCGUUUGCAAUUAAAUGGCAAAUGGGAGUACGACCGAAGCGUCGGCGACGGCCACCCCUCAACAGCGAAUUCCCCAAACCGCGCAGCAGGCGCUCCUGACAGAGGCGGCGGUGGCCUCCAAGGAGUCGGCGCCCACCUCCCAAGGGGUGAACGAUCUCGUGGCGGACGUGUGUCUGAAUGGUCGUGGCACGGACUACUCCAGCAUGCGGGCCUCCACGUCUACGGGCGCCGGAUCAGGAGCUGCCUCCUCGUCUUCGUCCUCCUUCUCCUUUAAGCACUUUCUCAGCAGCACAGGCACUGUGACGGCUCCGACCAGCACGGUGACCUCGGCAGCCGUGCAGACGUCUACUGGCGCCCGGCCAAAGGUGCCCCAGUCAGCCUCUGCCUCCCACAUGCAACCGCCAGACGUGAACGGCAGCAGUGCAUCGUCCAGGAUGAAGCGAUCCCCGCGCUUCAGCUCUUUUGACUCGCAGGCGAGUCUGGCGGAGUACGCAGCCUGUGGGGGAGGGCCCUCCAGCAGCAGCGGCGGAUCCCAGUCCCAGCACCGCUUAAGACCGGAUCUUCGGCUGGGCCACGACGCCGUGCAGGACGCACUGGACAACGACGACGAUGACCACGUGGCGCUGGCACAGGUGCGCAACACCAGCAGGCUUUACGACGAGCGAAUAGAUGACGAUAUUUUCCCAUCGGCAGCAUCCAACCAGCAACCCGCCAUUGGAACGCGCUAUGUGCCUCGCUCCUACUCCAAUUACGAGAUGCCACCACACUUGCCGUGCCCCUCGUCCUCGCCGCGUCGUCGGCCGUCUGGAAACCGCGAUCAGCGUCCCACUCGACUAGUGCUGUCCGCCGGUCCCAAAAUGAAACUGGACCUGCCCUUGGACACGUGCAACGGAGCGGGUGGCGCCAGCGGCGGUGGGGCGGCUGCUGCAUCCGCCCUGCCAGACUUUGUGCAAGAUCACUUGCCGGACGCUUGGUGCGGCGGUCAGGAUGCCUUGAGUUCGCCCCCAAACUCGCCUCUCGGAGCAGCUGAGGCAACGAGCGGAGCUGUGGGGCUGCUACCGUCUGCGCUUGCACCCAGGGGUCUCCCCAGUGCUGCCUCCGUCCCCGGUCCUUCCGGAGAACCAGCCACUGGCUCUACCGUUAAAAUGCUGCCGGACUUCCUGUCUGAUGGCCCCAUAAUUCACUCGUCUCAGCGAUUAGCCGACGUGGCUAUCGGGCUGCCCUCGAAUUCCAUUGAUUCGCCUCCCCAAGAUGCGGUAAGCACGUUGCAACUGUCGACACUUCGGCAGGAGAACGAGCGUUUGCAACAGGAGCUACAGGAGGCUCGCGCGGAACUUAAUGUGCAAGCCAGAAGGGCCAGUGACUUUGAGCAGCAGCUGCUACAGCUUUCAGAGGCCUCUCGAAGACGGGAAGCGCUGGCCACGACGACCAACACACAAGCCACGCAGCACCUGAGGCGACAGUUGGCCCAAUUGGAGGCGGAGCUAAGCACCCUAAGAGGCAGCGGCGUUCCUGAUUGUGCCGCAGGUGGAGUCCCAGUGGCGACUCCUGGCAGAGGCACUGAGAGCGCCGCCAGCAGUGGUAUCAGCACCCCACGACCGUCCAGAACGCAUCAUUUGUCGAGGGAUCUACUGCGAGCCGCCGACACUGCGGAACAGAACCUGAGGCAACUGCUGACUGGCGUGGAGAAUCUACGCCAGAUGGCGGCUAACCUGGAACAGCCGGGCCAGCCAACAACAACGCCCCGAAGUCCCGACCUUUACACCGAUUUUAACUGAACUGCCAGGGAUCGACUCUAGCUCAGAUUGGUUAUUGUUGUUUGUGUAAACAUUGAAGCCCACGCCGCCGCCUAGAGCUUGUUUUUAGAUGACCCCACGAAUGUUUUAUGUUUCCGUAUUAUCUGUUGCAUUGGGCUAAGCCUGGUCGGAAAUGUCCGGGAGGAAUGGGGAGGGGCAAUGUGAGAAUCAAAGCGCAAACUCGUGAUGUUGGUUGAUAAAACAAAAUAUAUAAUUCAUACUUGAUAAAUCGAUAUAGCAUAUUCAAAGACCUACCUAAUAUCGACGGCUAAUGUAAAGUACUCUACAACGUUAACUGUCUGCUAUCCAAAAGAAGCCGCGCAUUGGAUCCGGGAUAAGGCAGCGACUAACAAGGAGCGAUAAAUGCGAUAUAUUUUUUGUUAAAAACAAAGGGUUACCUGUGCACUUCAGUAGUUUGUGCUUCAGUACAUAGCAUACAAGAAUUGAAAUAAAUUAUUAUGAGACAA